CGCAGCAGGAGCAGCAGAGCGAGAAUACGGAAGUCAGCAACGAGUAGACGUGCGCGUUGUGGCUGCUUGUGUGUCAUGAAGAUAAAUGAAAACACUAUACUGGAAGGGCCCAGAGUCUUACUGGUUCCUUACAACGAAGAGCAUGUACCCAGAUAUCACGAGUGGAUGAAGUCUCCCGAGCUGCAGCAGCUGACCGCUUCAGAGCCGCUGAGCCUGCAGCAGGAGUAUGACAUGCAGAAGAGCUGGAGGGAAGACGAAGACAAAUGCACGUUCAUCAUCUUGGACAAGCAGCGCUGGGCGGACCCCGGCGUCGAGGAGGAGCAGUGCAUGGUGGGAGAUGUCAACAUCUUCCUGACCGACCCCUUAGAUCCGUCCUUGGCAGAGCUGGAGGUCAUGAUAGCAGUGAAAUGUCUCGUUUGGACAGAGCCGAGCUACAGAGGGAGAGGCAUCGGGAAGGAGGUGACUCGCAUGAUGAUGGGCUACGGCAUCACCAAACUCGGAGUCGGAAGGUUUCAAGCAAAAAUUGGUCUGGACAACCAGGUCAGCAUCUCCAUGUUCAAGAAGCUGCGGUUUCAGGAGGUGUCCGUGUGUAACGUGUUCAAAGAGGUGACCCUCGAGCUGACGGUUGACGAGUCCGUCCGGACCAAGCUGCUGGACGAGGCGGCUAACGUGACGGAAAGAGACUACAGAGAAACACGCAGCAGCAGAGGACAUCAACUGGUUCUGCACUGAGCUUUGAAGGAAAUCUGGGACGCCAGGAUGAAAGCUGGCCUCGAGCUAAACGUGGACAGAUAAGUGAACAUGCUGUCUCACCCACGGCAAAUAGGACGAGCGAAAGAAAACUGCCGACAUUGAGAAAAUUAAACCUUUUCAGGAAAGGCAACAGACACAUCUACCGCUCCAUCAUCUUGACAUCAUUUGUGAACAAGGGACUGAGAAAGUCUUAUCUCCUUCAGUUGAGGCAGAGGUUUGGUUUGGGUUUUCAACGACCCGAUGGCUCUUAAAGAGCGUCUCUGGUGAAAUCUCAAGCUCUUCUCUAAGUCCGCUAAACACAGGA